GCGAUGUACUGUAAUGUUCGUUAAAGCAAAUAUGUAUUUGAAUUUAAUUAAAUCGCAUAUCACGCGUCUCUUACAAGAUAAGGCCGUUAGGUUUUUUCUUAUCAGAAGUCGGGUGUGCCGGGCGCGAGUCGACAGUCGGCCGUCUCACCCCAGAGGGUGUGAGUUGAAGUGUUUUUUCUCAUUUCAUUGUGCGUGUAGUGUUAUUUGCGUGUGCGUUAGUGAAAUCAAACCACAGUGCGUCAAGCUGCAGAGGUCGUUGGAUGCCCUACCGGCCUGGCUGGCUGAGCGGCGCCUGACCGCAAAUGCCGCCAAGACCCAGGCCAUAGUCUUUGGCUGGCAACAGCUCCCGCGACCAAGGGCGCGACCAACUACAAGGGGUAGAGGUCCAGUGAUCCCCAAAGCGACCUACCUAAGUCAUCACCGUCACACUGGACCGAGGCCUCACAAUGCGCCAUCAAACCGCUGCAGCCACGGACUACACAAAGGCGGUUGCCGCCAGAUUACUGCCUGUGCUGCAGUCAUCGCUGCCAAUAACAACGUGUGCAGCGCGGAAGACAGCACACAUUGUUCUUUAUUAAUAAUGUAAAACAUGUAUAAACGCCAUCUAGUGUAAAAUUAUAGGCACUGAGUGAAUAACACCUUAAUCAUCAAAACUGUAUCAUCGUAGUAUUAUCCAACAAAGAUAGAUGUCACUUUGCAGUAAAAAAGAAUUGAAUUAUUUUAUACAAAGUUGUAGAA